AUGGACUCUUCUCUCUUCCCUACCUUUCAGUCAGCUCUCAUCGCCUCAAAACAUAUGUUCUGCUUACCUCCGUCGGGUCUGGGCUCGGGAUCUUUAUUCCCAUGGCUCUGCUGGUCCAUCUGGAAAUCCCACAAUAGUCGCCUUUUCGAAAAUCGACCUGUCUCCCCAUCUGAAACUUUGACAAAAGCUGUCAGUGACGCAUGGGAAUGGCAACAAGCCCAGCAUAAGGAUCCCUCUACUCUACAAAAGGAACCAUCACCUCGACCACCACAUUUAAACCAUGGUAUUACGUGCUUCACCUAUGAAGCUUGGAGAAGCGAUACAAAAUCAGCAGGAUAUGAGUGGAUCUUCUUAAACAGCGACGGAUCGGAGAUCUUGAAAGAUUCAGGUUUCGAUCCGCAUAUCGGUUCUCCUCUCAUGGUAGAAGCUAUCGCCCUCCGAUCAGCUCUCCUCCAAGGACUUGAUAUGGGAUUCACCUCCCUCACCAUCAAAUCUGACGCUCAGAUUCUUAUCAGAGCUAUAUCAUCGCAGAAGCAGACCAAGGAGGUCUACGACCUUCUCUUUGACAUCCAAGCUCUCGCAUCUAUGUUCUCUGCAAUUUUAUUUUGUUUUAUUCCCAUAUCUGAAAAUGAUAGAGUCGAUUCUCUUGCAAAGCUUGCGUUGUGUAACUCAUAG